ACACUAGAGAUCUGAGAUCGGCGCUGCUCUCUGCGCGUCUCGUGUAAAUGAAAAGACACUUUUGUGUUUAAGCAGUGAAUCUGUUUUGGUUCAUACGCGUUGUUUGAGCGGAUUGGGGACGGAUUGAUAGACGGAUUGGAUUUGAACCCGUUUCGGCGAUGACAUGCAUUUGAAUGACUGAAGAGUCCAGCCGCAGCAGCAGUGCCAUGGCAGACAGAAGACAACUGUUUGCUGAAAUGCGUGCACUAGAUCUGGACUCCAUCCGAUUGUCUACGUACAGAACAGCAUGCAAGCUGAGGUUUAUACAGAAGAGGUGCAAUUUGCAUCUGGUGGAUAUCUGGAACAUUAUCGAGGUGUUUCGGGAAAACAGACUCAACACUAUGGACGUCAACACAGAGUUCUCAGUGUCGCACCUGCAAGCAAUAUUGUCUGCCAUCUUUUACCAGCUGAACAAGCGCCUGCCUACAACUCAUCAGAUUAACGUCGACCAGUCCAUCUCGUUCCUCCUCAACUUCCUGUUAGCAGCCUACGACCCUAAAGGUGUUGGAAAAAUCUCCAUUUUGAUAUUGAAGAUGGCCCUGGCUACGCUUUGUGGAGGGAAGAUUUUGGAUAAACUCCGAUAUAUUUUUUCGCAGAUAUCAGACGCGAAUGGGGUGAUGAUAUACUCACAGUUUGACCAGUUCCUUAGGGAGGUGUUGAAGCUGCCCAUGACUGUGUUUGAGGGACCGUCUUUUGGGUACACUGAGCAGUCCACAAGAUCCUGCUUUCCACAAGAGAAAAAGGUCUCUCUCAACGUGUUUCUUGACAUAUUCAUGUCGGAUCCUCCACCUCAGUGUCUGGUUUGGUUACCGCUGAUGCAUCGGCUGGCAAAUGUUGAGAAUGUCUUCCAUCCUGUGGAGUGCUCGUACUGUCACAACCAGAGCAUGAUGGGAUUUCGCUACCGUUGCCAACAAUGUGAUAAUUACCAACUCUGCCAAGAGUGUUUCUGGAGGGGCCAUGCCUCGGGCAGCCAUAGCAACCAGCACCAGAUGAAGGAGUACAUGUCAUGGAAAUCUCCAGCUAAGAAGUUGUCGGACGCUCUCAGUAAGUCUCUGAGCUGCACCUCCAGUCGAGAACCUCCAUACCCGAUGUUCUCCGAUACACACGAGAAACCUCUCAACCUCAGUCUUGUUGUGCCACCCAGACCUGUGGCCAGUGGAAAUGAGUGCAUGUUUUCUCACUCCAUGCCUUCCUCAGGAAACCCUUACUCCAGUAAAAUUGGUGCUCACGAUGAGGCAAAACAGAAAAAGCUCUUUUCCCAGACGGCCCCGGAUCUUUUAAAAGGCAAAGGGGUUCAGUACAGCAUCGAUAUUGCGGAUAGGCUUGCUGAUGAGCACAUACUUAUCGGAUUAUAUGUGAAUCUCCUCCAAAAGAACCGCUUAUGUUUCCAGGAGAACAGUAAAAACCAAGACGAUGAGCACUGCCUCAUUGCUCGUUAUGCCUCCCGACUGGCUGCUGAUGGAGCUGCAAUGAAGAACAGUGUACCGUCUGACAUCACUCUGUGUCUGGACUCCAAUAUACAGCAGAGACAACUUAUAGCCGAGCUAGAGAACAAAAACAAGGAGAUUUUACAAGAGAUACAGCGAUUGAGACAACAACAUGAGGAAGCUUCCCAGCCUCCAUUAGACAAAAGCCAACAGAAUCCAACAUUACUGGCUGAACUGAGACUGCUCAGGCAGAGGAAAGAGGAGUUAGAGCAGAGGAUGUCAGCGCUUCAAGAGAGCCGUCGAGAACUUAUGGUGCAACUAGAGCAGCUCAUGCUGCUGUUAAAGAACCAGGGCCCUGGCCUCUCCCCUCGCUUCUCCCCCAGCCACACAGUCAAAACGUCCAUCCAAUCAGCAUCCGGCAAUAGCACACCCAUCCCCAUGCCUGUCCAAUCAACAUCCGGCAAUACCACACCCAGUCAAACACCUCAAGACUCGCUCAUGGGCCUGGGAGGAGAGGUGCAGCAGGCCUUCGCUCAGGGCUCCAGAAGAAACUUAAGAAAUGACCUCCUGGUAGCUGCAGACUCCAUUACCAACACAAUGUCAUCACUUGUAAAAGAACUUAACUCGGAGGUGGGGAGUGAAAUGGACAGUAUCAGUGACCUGACAUUCUCAACAUCAGAUGUUCUCCACACACAGACGGGUUCUUCAAGAACAGGGGCUGCAGGUAAGCUGGGAACAGGGGAAUUAUAUGGAAAUGAUCUAGAAAAGCAGCUGGACAGAGAUCUAAAGAUGGAUGAACGACUCAGACACACACAGGAACCGGACAAGAAUUUCCUGGUGACUUUACAAGAAUAGCUGAAUUUUAAUAAGCAAUGGUACAGGUGAAUUUACUUCUCUGAAGCACUGUGCAGUAACCAGGCCUGAGCAGGAUGAUACAACAUUUCUGAAAUGCAUCAAACAGCAUUUAAACCAAUACUGUGGUACGAAACACAAUCUAUAAAUAUAGAAAUAUAUUUUUAGAAUCUACAAAAUGUUUUUAGACAUGGAAAUGACAAACAAUGGAACUGUCUUCAACACCGCCAGUGCCAUAAAAUCCAUUGAUUUUGAGAUUACUUCAUUUAUUUGGUGUUAGUGUGAUUUGGUUUGAUUUAUUUUCAUGUGUUCAAAGUUUUGCACUGUAUUUAAAUAUCUGUCGGGCAAAAUGGGUGUGGUCUUUAAUGAAGCUGCUAUCUUUACAAAUGACAACUUUCAUGACACUUUAAGAGCAGAAUGCCCAGAUCUAAUUUUUAAAAGAUCUUUUUUUUUUGGGGGGGGGGGGGGGAUUUUUCCCCUUUUUCUCCCAAUUUGGAAUUCCCAAUUCCCAAUGCGCUCUAAGUGGUUGCAUGGUGAUUUGCCUCAAUCCGGGUGGCUGAAUCCCAGUUGCCUCCGCGUCUGAGACAGUCAACCCAUGCAUCUUAUCACGUGGCUUGUUGAGCGUGUUGCCACGGAGACAUAGCGCAUGUGGAGGCUUCAUGCCAUCCACCAUGCUCAAUUCACCAUGCACCCCACCGAGAACAAACCACAAUAUAGCGACCACGAGGAGGUUACCCCAUGUGACUCUACCAUCCCUAGCAACCGGGCCAAUUUGGUUGCUUAGGAGACCUGGCUGGAGUCACUCAGCACACCCUGGGAUUCGAACUAGUGAACUCCAGGGGUGGUAGCCAGCGUAGUUUACCUCUGAGCUACCCAGGCCCCUUUAAAAGAUCUUUAAUAUAUACAGUUGUGCUCAAAAGUUUGCAUACCCUUGAAGAAUUGGUAAUAUAUGUACAAAUUUUAAAGAAAAACACAUUUCUUUUAUUUCUUAUGGGAUUCAUAUUCAACUGUAGGUUAUAACAGAACGGCACAAUCAUAAAACAUAACAUAGCAACAAUGAAAAAAAUGAAAUGACCCCUGUUCAAAAGUCUGCAUACCCUUAGUCCUUAAUAAUGUGUAUUGCCCCCUUUAGCAUCAAUGACAGCGUGCAGUCUUUUGUAAAUGUUGUCUAUGAGGCCCCAAACUCUUGCAGGUGGUAUAGCUGCCCAUUCGUCUUGGCAAAAUGCCUCCAGGUCAUGCAAAGUCUUUGGUCCUCUUGCAUGAACCGCACGUUUGAGAUCUCCCCAGAGUGGUUCGAUGAUAUUAAGGUCAGGAGACUGUGAUGGCCACUCCAGAACUUUCACCUUUUUCUGCUGUAACCACUGGAGGGUCAACUUGGCCUUGUGCUUAGGGUCAUUCUCAUGCUGGAAAGUCCAAGAGCGUCCCAUGCGCAGCUUUCAUCCAGAAGAAUGCAAAUUGUCUGCCAGUAUUUUCUGAUAACAUGCUGCAUUCAUCUUGCCAUCAAUUUUCACAGGAUUCCCCGUGCCUUUAGAGCUCACACACCCCCAAAACAUCAGUGAGCCACCACCGUGCUUCACAGUGGAGAUGGUAUUCUUUUCACUAUAGGCCUUGUUGACCCCUCUCCAAACAUAGUGCUUAUGGUUGUGACCAUAAAACUCUAUUUUGGUCUCGUCACUCCAAAUUACAGUGUGCCAGAAGCUGUGAGGCGUCAAGGUGUUGUCAUUUGUGGCAUUGGCACAGUAAAGGCUUCUUUCUGGCAACUCGACCAUGCAGUUCAUUUUUGUUCAAGUAUCGUCGUAUUGUGCUCCUUGAAACAACCACACCGUCUUUUUCCAGAGCAGCCUGUAUUUCUCCUGAGGUUACCUGUGGGUUUUUCUUUGUAUCCCGAACAAUUCUUCUGGCAGUUGUGGCUGAAAUCUUUCUUGGUCUACCUGAUCUUGGCUUGGUAUCAAGAGAUCCCUGAAUUUUCCACUUCAUAAUAAGUGAUUGAACAGUACUGACUGGCAUUUUCAAGGCUUUGGAUAUCUUUUUAUAUCCUUUUCCAUCUUUAUAAAGUUCCAUUACCUUGUUACGCAGGUCUUUUGACAGUUCUUUUCUGCUCCCCAUGGCUCAGUAUCUAGUGCAUCCACGUGAGAGCUAACAAACUCAUUGACUAUUUAUACAGACACUAAUUGCAAUUUAAAAAGCCACAGGUGUGGGAAAUUAACCUUUAAUUGCCAUUUAAAGCUGUGUGUGUCACCUUUUCAAAAUCAAUGCCAAAAUUUCACAAUUUCUGCCAGGGUGUGCAAACUUUUGAGCACAACUGUAUAUACAGUAUAUAUAUAUAUAUUUGCAUUACUGUGGGGUGAACUUUUGUUUGUUUUUUUCAUUAGGGUUGAAAAAUAUUCUCAGUUUUCAUGAAAAUAAUGUCACAAUACAAAAAAUAAUUAAUAAAGAAAUAAUGGUCCAAAAAAUAGGCUUCAUUUUAAUAUAUUGAUUUUGGAGUGAAAUAGGACCAGGACAUGUUGUUAACAGAUUUCAUGAGAUUCACCCCUGUAAAAAUUUGUACCUCUGCAUUCAAUAAGUCAUCCUUUGACUCUGAAGAGCACACAGUAGGUGUUUGCACAAAGUUUUAAUGUUUAAAGGAAAAAAUAAAUACGUAAUGGCAGGGCCGUAGCUAAUGGGGAGAAAGGUGGUAACAAUUCUAGGGGCCCACAGGUCCAGGGGACCCACAACAAAUUUUAAACUGUAUUUUUUAAUACAGAAGGGCCCAGAAUUUCUUGCUACGGCCCUGCGUAAUGGAUAUUUUGAGGUUAACAUGACAUUCACAUCUUACAGUAGCCUAUGUGAAACUACUGAAACUGAAUUUUGCGGUUAUGUUAUUCAAAAACUGACAAGAUGCCUUUUGGAAGUGCAUUUAAAAUAAUAUUUUGGUGUAUGGUAUGUUGAGCUUGAACAUAAUUAUCAUGUUUGGAUUGAAUUUGACUGAGGAUGAAUUCUUGGAAAACUGGUUUGAUUUUGAUCAUCUGCAGACUCUUUUGUUUACACUGCAGCCGUCACAUUGUACACAUUGUUUACUUGUGCUUUUUCAGACAGGCAGUUAUAAAUCAGUACAAAAACAGCACCCUUUCCCUGCUGCAAACAUUGCACUUUUCAGUGAUUUUGCAUGGUACUAAGGAAAUAAUAUAUAUAUAUAUUGCAUUGCACAGGUGUUAUGAAUCUGUAUUCAUAAAAUAACAUUGAAAGUUUCUGUCUUUCUCUGUCUUAGAGUUCGCCACAAUAAAUUCCUAAUUUCA